AUGGCAGAACCUCCUACUUCUGCGUAUGAGACUAUGGGUACAUAUACGGAAUCCGACUCGAGGCACGACAAAAAGGACACUGCAAGCAUCAUCCAUUCGGACUCAUCACACGUUCCCCAAGGUGCGCUGGAGGAGAUCGCGCUGGAAGGCGUUCCCUUACCUGGCUCGAUGUCGAUCUCGCCAGUGGCAGGUGUGCACUCGAUAAGCCAUGGAGAGGGUGAUAAUACGCCCACUUCAUUUCCUGUCGAGCUUCACGACGACGACCCCUUUCCAGAACGACCUCCAUCGCCCCUCCAUUCCCCAGUGUUCUUGCCCCUGUCCCCUACAAGCCCAUCUGUAUCUCGGAUUGCACUCGAACCGACAGAACUCUUCCAGCACGCAUCCACAACAUCCUUUUUCUCCCUGACCACGUUCGAAGACUCUCUUUCUCCGGCGGGAUCCUUCACUCCCCCGGUAUCUACCCUGUCUUCCGUCAGCUCAGUCACAUCAACUGACCUCACACCGACUGGGGUGCCCACGAAAUCUGUACCCUCCUUAUCCGGCUCUCUGUACAGACCACCGAUCUCGGAACCCCAGGCUGUACUGCAAUGGGGAUUGGAGACGGAUGGGGCUUACGAAUCGUCCAUCCUUGGGGCGUCCAUAUCCACUCAGUCGCUGCCGAUCGCAGAGGGGGUCGACACAACCUUCGAGACGUCGGUCCUACGGCCAACAGACUUAUCCGAAGAGUUGUCGGGAGGUGUCAGCCCGCCAAUCCUCGCAAUGGAAGGCAAAGUCGUGACAACACCGGAUGUAUCUUCUCCUUCACCAUCUCCGUCAAUCUCAUUGACCCCGGAAGUACCCUUGCAGGGUGCUGUUCCGUCGAUUCGUACUCCGUCGUCUAUAUCCUACCCUACCAACAUCUCAACGCGCAGUCUCACGCCGACGGAGAGAGAAAGUCCGACAGUUACAGUCAUGCGCACGCUGUCUACAGUGACGACGGUAUCAUCUGUGCCUCUCAGUCCCUUCGCUGUGCCAACCCGCUCUCCCACACCGUCUGCUAGACCGUCAACACAACCAUCCCUCUUGUCUACACAUGCUUCUCCCAUCUAUGUCCCCGCUUCACUACCAACCAUUCCCUCUGAGUCAUCUCCGUCUUCGUCCGCGGGAAUCGGUCCCCCGGUGGACACAUCGCCGCCCGCGGUCACCAUGGCAGUCGAAGGAUCUCCUGGUACUGCGUACACCCCUCCCAGCCCAUCAAUGUAUCUCAGUGUCACCACACCGCACGGCGAUACGCCGUCCAUCGCGUCUCUUCUGGAGACCAUACCUUCGGAAACUCCGGAAAGGCUGCCCAGACGCGACCUCAACAGCAUAUGGGAGUGUAUCCGCGAGAUGGAAAUACGCCGACGAGCAGAGAGCACCGAACUAGCGAGUAGCCUCCAGGGCGUCCGUGAUCUAGCUGAGUCGCUUCGGGACCGUCGGCGUGAACAUCUCGAUGUCAAUAUGCAUGGCCGCGGGUGCCACAGAGGAUACCUGGAAGGAGAGUUCUUCCACCCAGCUACUCGUGCGCACCUGGAUAACAACCUCACGCUCGUCGCUGCGCGCGGCAACAGACAAACCACCCCGCUAGCCUUCAUCGUCAUUUGUACUCCUUUGUAG